CCAACCCGCAAAUCCUGCAUCAACCCACAACCCCGUCGCAAAGAUGGCUAAGAUCAAGAAGAAGGGAACCUCUGGCCAGGCCAAAAACUACAUCACCAGAACCCAGGCGGUGCGCAAACUUCAGAUUUCCCUCCCGGAUUUCCGUCGACUAUGUAUCUUCAAGGGAAUCUAUCCCCGUGAGCCUCGGAACAAGAAGAAGGCCUCGAAAACUUCGACGCCCAACACCACUUUCUACUACACGAAAGAUAUCCAGUUCCUCCUGCACGAACCCCUUCUCAGAAAAUUCCGCGACCAGAAGUCCGUCGCCAAGAAGAUUGCCCGUUCCCUCGGACGUGGAGAUGUUGGCGAUGCGUCCCGUUUCGAGAAGAACCAUGCGCCGCAACUCACUCUGGACCACAUCAUCAAGGAGCGUUACCCGACGUUCGUUGAUGCUCUGAGAGACCUUGACGAUGCCUUGUCUCUCCUUUUCCUCUUUGCCAGCCUCCCCUCCUCGGCCCACGUUCCUCCCAAGACCAUCGCUCUCUGCCAGCGGGUCACCCACGAGUUCCUGCACUACCUGAUCACCACCAACUCCCUCCGCAAAUCUUUCCUGUCGAUCAAGGGUAUCUACUACCAGGCGACCAUCCAGGGUCAGGACAUCAUGUGGCUUGUUCCCUACCGCUUCGUGCAGCGCGUCAACGGCGACGUCGACUACCGUAUCAUGGCCACCUUCGUCGAUUUCUACACGACUCUGCUGGGAUUCGUCAACUACCGUCUGUACUCGACCCUCGGUCUCCGUUACCCCCCCAAGUUCGAUACCCGCAGCGACGAGAACGGUGCUGAGUUGGCGGCCUUCACUCUGGAGGGUCGCACUGUCGGUGAAGCCCCCAAGGCUGUUGAAGCCAGCAAGGCCAGCAAGUCCUCCAACCAGGAAGUCUCUCGCGAGGUGCAGGCCAAGGUUGACAAAGUCAUCAAGACGGCAGGCCUGGAUAAGACGAAAGAGGAGCAGCCCGUGGAGACCACCGAGGAAGCCUCUGAUGCCAUUGAUAAGUUCGAGCCCGCUGCCCCCGAGGCCGACACACUUCCCCAGCCCGACCUGAGCGGAGAACAGGCCGGAUCUUUGUUCGCGCCUUUUGUCUUCUACAUCUCCCGUGAGGCGCCCAAGGCACCCCUGGAGUUUAUCCUCCGCGCUUUUGGCUGCUCCAGAAUCGGCUGGGACGUUGUUCUUGGUGGCGGAGCGUUCACCCAUGACGAGAGCGACACCCGGAUCACCCACCAGAUCGUCGACCGGCCUCCUUUGCCCGAGUCGGCGCUGCCCGCCAUUCCUGCCGCUUCUACCGAUGGAGCUGCCCAGAAGGUGAGACCUGGAACUCGCAUUCCUGGUAGAACCUACGUUCAGCCCCAGUGGGUCUGGGACUGCAUCAACGACGGCAAGCUCCUCCGCGCCGACCUCUACGCCCCCGGCGAGACUCUCCCUCCCCAUCUGAGCCCGUGGGUCAAGCCUACCAAGAACGGCUACGACCCCCGCGCCAGCUUGGCUGAGCAGGAAGAGGAUGGAGAGGCCGAGCUGGACGAGGAAGACAGCGAUGAGGAGAUGGAGGAGGCUUCCGACGAGAAGAAGGUCGCUGUCGAGGAAGAAUCCGAGGCUGAGAGCGACGAGGACAUCAACGGCGGCAUGGACGUUGCUGAGACGGACGAUGAUGAGAGUGGAAGUGAGGAGGAUGAAGAGGAAGACGCCGACCUCGACGGACUCGACGACGAGGCCGUGUCCGAAUCCGAGGACGAAGAGGAAUCCGCCCGCACACAGCACCAGAAGGAGCUCGAGGCCGAGGCAGCCGGUCUUCCCUUCUCGUCGGGCGGCGGCAGCGGCGAAGCCGCCAAGAAGAAGUCCUCGCAGGCCAAGAAGGUCGCUUCGAAGAAGCGCAAGGAGGAGGAGGAGCUGGAGAGACAGAAGAUGAUGAUGAGCCGCAAGAAGCGGAAGCUGCUCGAGAAGAUGAUGUACUCGAACAAGAAGCAGUCCGAUGAGGCCGCCAAGCUGCGGUCCAAGCGGAGAAAGCUCGAGAAGGGAGGUGGCCAGAAAUAAAGUAGAGGCACAUAAAAGUUGGCUUUUCUGUGACAAUAGAAUGAUAUCCUUGUUGGGAUUUGGAAGCAUUUUCUGUACCGGCGUCUUCUUUGAAACAAACAUUGUAUUUAUCCAUAGCAUGCAGUUCUCCUAGAGUGGUCUACACGUCUACCUACUAUCUGUGCGGAAAAUAUCGAUGUAAAUGCG